CGCUCAGUCCCUCCCUCCGCCCGCGGCUCGGCUCGCGGGAGGCGCAGGGCGCCGGGGCUGGCGCGCUCUCCCGGGCGCACACACAGAUCCACGCACGCACGCCCAGAGCAGCUGUCUCCGCCGUGGCCGGCGCUCCUCUCGCCCAUGCGGACAGACAGAGCGCAGGAAGAUGGCUGACGACUCCUUCGGGCCCCGAGGAUGCAGCCCGGCGGCGGCGGGAGCGGGAGCGGCGGCGGUGGCACCGGCAGCGGCGGCAGCAGGAGCGGCGGCGGCGACGGCAGGAGCGGCGGCGGCGGCAUCCCCGAGACUCCCCGGGCUACCCUUCCCCGUGACGGCCACUGACGGUCUCCGCCGCUAGAAGAGACCCCGCUCCUCCCUCGCCCGUCUCCCUCCCCCCCCAAACCCCCUCCCAGCCCCGGACCCGCCAGCCCCGCUACCUCCGCCAGCGUUGCCACCAUCAGCACCACCUCCACCUCCGCCACCGCCACCGCCACCACCACCACCACCACUACCGCCGGCGGCGGCAGCAGCCAUUUCAUCUCCACAGAAACCAGACACAAAAACAUGGCAGAAAUGGAGAAAGAAGGGAGACCUCCGGAAAAUAAAAGGAGCCGGAAACCAGCUCACCCUGUGAAGAGGGAAAUCAACGAGGAGAUGAAGAACUUUGCAGAAAACACCAUGAAUGAACUCCUCGGCUGGUAUGGCUAUGAUAAAGUUGAAUUAAAAGACGGCGAAGAUAUUGAAUUCAGAAGCUACACUACUGAUGGAGAAAGCCGGCAACACAUUUCUGUUCUCAAAGAAAACUCUUUGCCAAAACCAAAAUUACCGGAGGACAGUGUUAUUUCAUCUUACAAUAUAAGCACAGGCUACUCAGGCCUUGCCACUGGGAACGGACUCAGUGACUCGCCUGCAGGGUCAAAGGACCAUGGCAAUGUGCCUAUUAUUGUCCCUUUAAUCCCACCACCUUUCAUAAAGCCGCCAGCAGAAGAUGAGGUGUCAAAUGUACAAAUAAUGUGUGCCUGGUGCCAGAAAGUGGGGAUCAAGCGCUAUUCCCUGAGUAUGGGAAGUGAGGUGAAAAGCUUCUGCAGCGAGAAAUGCUUUGCGGCCUGCCGGAGAGCCUACUUCAAAAGAAACAAGGCUAGAGAUGAAGAUGGACAUGCUGAAAGUUUUCCCCAGCAGCACUAUGCUAAGGAAACUCCAAGGCUUGCCUUCAAGAAUAACUGCGAACUACUUGUGUGUGACUGGUGUAAACACAUAAGGCAUACAAAAGAAUACCUGGAUUUUGGGGACGGGGAGAGAAGGCUUCAGUUCUGCAGUGCAAAAUGUCUCAAUCAAUACAAAAUGGACAUUUUCUACAAAGAGACACAGGCCAACCUUCCAGCUGGGCUGUGCGGCACGUUACACCCUCACAUGGAGAGCAAAGCAGAAGGCACCGGGGUGCAGCUGCUCACUCCAGACUCUUGGAAUAUCCCGCUAACAGAUGCUCGGAGGAAAGCCCCCUCCCCCGUGGCUGCAGCUGGCCAAAGCCAGGGCCCUGGCCCCUCCUCGUCCACCACCGUUUCUCCAUCUGACACUGCCAACUGCUCUGUCACUAAAAUCCCCACGCCAGUGCCCAAGUCCCUCCCCAUCAGCGAGACUCCAAGCAUCCCUCCCGUCUCAGUCCAGCCACCUGCUAGCAUCGGACCUCCACUGGGUGUCCCGCCUCGCAGUCCUCCCAUGGUGAUGACCAACCGCGGCCCAGUGCCUCUGCCCAUCUUCAUGGAGCAGCAGAUCAUCCAGCAGAUCCGCCCGCCCUUCAUCCGUGGCCCACCGCACCACGCCUCCAACCCCAAUAGCCCCUUGUCCAACCCCAUGCUCCCGGGCAUUGGGCCCCCGCCCGGUGGCCCCAGGAACCUAGGCCCCACUUCCAGUCCCAUGCACAGGCCCAUGCUCUCGCCCCACAUCCACCCCCCAAGUACCCCUACCAUGCCUGGGAACCCCCCAGGGCUGCUGCCCCCGCCGCCCCCGGGCGCGCCCUUGCCCAGCCUUCCCUUCCCUCCGGUAAGCAUGAUGCCAAACGGCCCGAUGCCGGUUCCCCAGAUGAUGAACUUCGGGCUGCCAUCGCUGGCCCCGCUGGUGCCGCCCCCAACGCUGCUCGUGCCGUACCCAGUUAUCGUGCCCCUGCCGGUGCCCAUCCCUAUCCCUAUCCCUAUCCCCCACGUGAACGAUUCCAAGCCCCCCAACGGAUUUUCCAGCAACGGGGAGAGCUUCGUUCCGAGCGCCCCGGGCGACUCCUCGGCGGCGGGAGGCAAGGCUGGUGGACGCUCCUUGUCCCCGCGGGACUCCAAGCAGGGCUCUUCCAAGUCAGCCGACUCGCCGCCCGGAAGCUCCGGCCAGGCUCUGAGCCUGGCGCCCUCGGAGCGCGGUCGCGGGGAGGUGGUGGACCUGACCCGGCGCGCGGCCAGCCCCGCGGGCGCGGGAGGCCAGCCGGGCUUCGCGGGCGUGCUGCACGGCCCGCAGGACGGCGUCAUCGACCUGACCGUGGGCCACCGAGCCCGGCUGCACAACGUGAUCCACCGCGCGCUGCACGCUCACGUCAAGGCGGAGCGCGAGCCGGGAGCCGCGGAGCGCAGGACCUGCGGCGGCUGCAGGGACGGCCACUGCAGCCCGCCCGCCGCCGGCGACCCCGGCCCGGGCGCCCCCGCGGGUCCGGAGGCCGCCGCCGCCUGCAACGUCAUCGUGAACGGCACCCGCAGCGCUCCCGCGGAGGCCAAGGGCGCGGAGCCCCCGCCCGAGCAGCCGCCGCCCCCUGCCCCUCCCAAAAAGCUGCUGUCGCCCGAGGAGCCCGCGGUGAAUGAGCUGGAGUCGGUCAAGGAGAACAACUGCGCUUCCAACUGCCACCUGGACGGGGAAGUCACCAAAAAACUGAUGGGGGAGGAAGCCUUGGCGGGGGGCGACAAGUCAGACCCGAACCUUAAUAACCCCGCGGACGAGGACCACGCCUAUGCUCUGCGGAUGCUGCCCAAGACCGGCUGCGUGAUCCAGCCUGUGCCAAAACCCGCAGAGAAGGCUGCCAUGACGCCGUGCGUCAUCUCCUCGCCCAUGCUCAGCGCUGGCCCCGAGGACCUGGAGCCGCCGCUCAAAAGGAGGUGCCUCCGAAUUAGAAACCAGAAUAAGUAAAAAAAAAAAGGUUUGUAUGUCCACCUGGGCGCUCCUCCAAGAGACAGUACCCUUCGCCUUGCUUCUUAAGGCAGAGGUGAGAUGCAGACAUCACCAUACUGUCCCUUACAGGUACCUUCGACGGUUUGGUCCAACACCUAAGACAGUAUUGUUUAGUUACCAUUACCACCAUUACCAGGUUACACCCAACAGACAGUUGAGAGCCAAGAUCACUCAAGCCCUUGAAUCUGAGUUGAAAGCAACUCUCUUGUUACACGCUAUUUUCUUCUUUUCGAGUUCAUACCUAAUUUACCCAACUGGAAAAGGGGGGCUUGGGAGGGUGAAUUACUUGAGGAAUCUUAAUGUACAGAAAUGUCUGGGUAACCCAUCAGCUGGGCAAACGUCUAGAGCUGGUAGUUCCUUUGGCAGACUCUUACUCUAGCUUCUCAAGAUGACCAUAUCUGUGGGCUAAAAUGAGAAACUAGCCUCCAGGCUAACCUAGCACUCUCCCUUAUCCGGGACUCAGUGGCUGAACUGAUGAGUCUCACUUCUACAUGUAGACCUUGGUGAAGCAGGAGACACAUCUCUGUACCCUAUGACUUCUGUACCCAACUUACAACCCAGCGAGCCAACAGUUCUUUGAGAUGACAGGGACCACACGUGAGCCACUGUAGUGUCUUGCCAAUCCGAGUAGAGUGGGCAUCGGUAGCAUAUUACCAGGAAGGAAGCUGCGGCUGAGAGAUAUUUGCUCAGCCAGAGCUUGUGGGUGGAGGACCCAGUGCUGACUUCAGGCCUAUCCAGCCAAUCUCAGAGCGUGAGCUCUCCCAUCUACCCAAGUGUGCGACAAGCCAAAACCUAGGUUGUUUAUUAACCGAUUAUAGAAAGGAAAAGAGAGAUGGCUAUUCCUCAAGCAUUUAACCUAGACACUGCUCCUUCCCUGGGCCGGGGACACACAGGAGAAUGUACAAAGUAGGUCCACUACAUCCUAUGGUGGAGGAUGUGAGUCCAGGCAGGAAGGAGGCCUGGGUGAGGGGAACCAGGAAGAGCAUUCUUCAUACGGUGUGCAGGCUCUUCUGAGUGUUUUCCCUUGGAGUUAGAUUCUCUUGGUGGAGAAAUAGGAUUGAGGACCUUGUCCAAGGUUAUCUCACCUGUGAGCAGAGCUGCCAUUCAAAUCCAAGUUGUGAAGUCCAAAGCUAAAUUCCCUUUCAAGCUCUGUAGGAGAAUAGGCUAACAAGUCCCUCAGUCACCGCGUUUGCCAAAAUUCUCUUAGGGCCUUGAGGGAAAGUUCAUUAAACACAGCAACAAGCUUCCACUUACCAACUUGCCCAGUAUUUUUUUUAAUAACAUCCUUGUUUUUCCAGCCACAAACAUGACCCCAGACCACCAACCUGUUGCUUUCAUAGUGGGAACAUGGGCUCUUUAUAGCCAGAGCACAAGGCGUAUUGGUUAGUGCGAGAAUCUUUUCUUGGCCGCCAUGGUUGGAAAGGAGACUGGUGGCUUUACCAGGGGGAGCAGAACACAGGAAAUGAGGUCACCAUUCCUUCCCAUUAGCCUAUGAUUUCUUCAGUCUGAAGGCAGGUGGCCUUGGCCUUCUUGAUGGUAUGACAACUGAAAACGCCCCAGAUAACCUAACCUACUUGACAAUGCUUUGAGUGAAGGAUUGACUGUGACCCCUCCCCUGAAAAGGUGAGCACCUUCAGAAAUGACUGGAAAUGGACACACACACACACACACACACACACACACACACACAAGGAAGAAUGGGAGUGUUGAAAAAUCUCAUUGCCAUUACUGUGCCGAGAGAUCAGGACAGAAACAACCACACACCCAAUAAGUAUCCAAAGACCGAAGGUCAUUAAAAGCGUUAAGUCGUAGGAAUGGCUGUCUGGGUGAGCUAUGUUUCUGAAGCAGCCAUCGGGCAAGGGUAUUUUCAGGGAUCAGCAUCACUACUAAAAGUGUAAGCUUGCCAAUAACCAAGUCUAGAAGAUGCUGUGACCGAAUUGUCUCUUAACACUUGUGAUGGGAGAGUCCUUACUGUGGGCCUCCCAAGAAAUUACAGUUCUUUUUUAACGUCAGGCAUGGGUUUUGAGCUGCCAAGAGGAGGCAAGGCAAGAGAUUUAAGGGGAAGGGGGGGACAGUAAGUCAACAGUGUACCCAAGUAGACCACUGGUCCCAUGUCAACCCAGGACACAGCCUCCUCCUGCUGUAAUCCACCCUCCUCUGACCCUUCUGAUUUUCUGCACAGAAGGUGCUGUUUCCACUCUACCCCACAGGAACUUACACAGUUGGGGAAGUUAGAACUGCAUCUCUGAACUAAGGACUGAGUACCCAUUGUGCCCCAAUAGUGAACACUCCUUGGCAACAAGUUAAAGUCAAAAUGAAAGCAUUAAAAGAAUAAAAAAAUAAAUGAAAGCCAGGGCUGGGAGAUGGAUGCCUCGGUGGGCAAAGCACUUGUCACAUAAGCACAAGGAGCCCCAGUCCCGUGUAAAAAGUGACAUGUCAUGGUGAGAACCUGUAGACCCCGGUACUGUAAGUCAAAGACAGGAUCCUUGUGGAGGUCUUGCUGUACACCCAUAUGCCUAAAUCAGUUGUCUCCUCUUUAUCAUGCCAUACCAUAAUUUUGAAGAAUACAUUUCGAAAUCUGCAAGCCACUAGAUUUGCCUUCAAAGAACUGGACACAUUGGUGAGAUUUCUGCAAACCACAGACUUCCUCUUCCAUUUUGAAAUUAUUCUGUCCCCGCUUCCCUCACUUUAUUCGUUCCUGUUUGUUUGUAUGGCUACAAAUGAUUCCAACGGGCAGAUGUUUCUCCCAUAUGCAGACCUGAUUAGGUUUAGUUGAAGAUUUUUAGAAGGUCGUAAACUCUCUUUAAUCGCCAAUGUUUAAAACUAGGAAUACCAACCCUGCUGCCUCAGUAGCUAGAAAAAAACAUCCCCACAAAUAAUAAUGAAAACAAUGUAUGAACACUGCCUAAACCAUUCUCCCCACACAGAAUUCCAUUGGCAAAUGGGAUGGUCUCCGCUUUGCUGAUGCCUGGAAGCUUGCUGGGUAGCUGUCUGAACUCAGAGGAAUGUUUGUACUAGAAUCCUUACAGUUUACAUUUAUUUAUGGUACGUCGGGGAGUUCAGAGUAACCAUGUGUAAAUUUUUGAAGAUAUUCAAAGAAAAUAUCCUCAUUCCUUGGUUAUCCGGGGAAAUAACAUAUUUUUUAAACACAAUAAUCAGUGGAAAAAAUGAAAACCAGCCAUAACCCUUUUACCCCAUUCUUUAUGCUGUCCUUGAGCAGUAGAGCCACACAGUUCCCUCUGCUCUCUGGGUCUCCAAUCUCUUACAUGCUUCCAGAACUGUGGAAAUGGGUAGAGAGAAUGCGUGACUCCUGGCCCAAAUUCCACAGUGUUCCUCCCGGCUCCUCAAACUCUGCGUUUGAAGAAAGCUGGAGGAGGUUCACAUAAUUUGGGCUUCUUGGAGCUUAGUCUCGUCAUAGAGCCACGAGCCCCAAACCAGCGUUUCAACGUACAGGGUUUGCCUCACUCGAGGCCAAAUAAGAGGCGAUAAGGUACUCAUUGCUGAGUUCAUUUCUCACACUGAAAAAUUCGAGACAGCAGGCUGUCAUGGAGGGCGUGGGAAAAUCGGAAUAUCACCGUGGGUUCCCACUUUUAAAGAAAAGAAAAACUAUAACAGAGUGGAGGGGAGAAAUUGGUACAAGUGGGAAUUCCCCACCUAGGCUAGACCUGCGCUGUUUAUGCUGAAGUAUUUAAUGAUUAGAAAUAGCCACUGGGUGACAGUACCUGAAUUAAAGGUUAUUCUGUCCUCCAUUUGCACUUGGCAUAGUUCUGGGUAGAAGGGCUACAAAGAGCCACUAAAGGCACCAGGCUGGUUUGUCUACACCUGGAACAGGUGAGUACAUUUAGGAGGGAGCUGUUGUGAUCACCAGCUUUCUGAAAGAACAGUGGGGAGACGAAGCACAGAGAUGUUUAUCCAAAGGACCCCCUCCCGCCUGUAUCCUUAGUACCAGGGGUUUGUAGAGGGAAGAAACUUAAUAUGCGACUUUUCCAUAUUAUGUGAGUGAGGUUCAGAUAGAAAGUGGAAUAAGGUGUGACCAGGUGGUUAGUACUUCGGGACAAAGCCAUAACCUUGUCAUUGGAGAAGUACCAGAACUGAAUUGAGACAAGAGAAACAUUUGGUGCACAGCCUUGCAAGGAGGACCCACUCCACCCUGUAAGUGUGGUGGUGCUCCCCAGAUCUUCUAACCCCACUCCAAAGUUGGUCUCCUUUCCCUGGAUCUGGUCUGUAGGUGACCUUCAGAACUUCCCCGUGCGAGUAAAUGGAAAGUUUUAUGUGCACACUCGUUGUUUAGGGAUGGUAAAGUCCAUAGAUUUGGAGUCCAUCUACCUCUGAAGGACUACCUUGCAUAGUUAGAAAGCAAUAUUGGAACCGGAUUUCUUUUCUUGUUGCUCCAAGGGGGCUGAGUUAAUUACCAGUUAAAAAUGAGAAUGUGGUUUUUUGGCAGUUUCUGCCUAAUGUCACAAAGCCACAGUUACUGAAGACCUUUAAAUGUUUACUUUAGUGACGGUACAAAAAGUUAAAGCUGCCGUACCCAGUGAGGGCCUGUGGUGACAGAAAGAACGUAAAACAAGAUAAGAUUCAGGCUAGAUACUACCCAGGCACCUGAACUCCCAAAGUUUAUACAUUAUGGGAGACACCGUCUUAUGGGAAAAUGUCGCUGAGACAAAGGGAAGAGACUGACUGGAGUCACAGAAGUGGACAGGUGAGUGGAACCGGUGCGGGUGGGAGGCAGGCUAGAAGAUCUGGGGAGAGCAUCCCAGUACCCCAGCAUGAAGAGAAAGAGGGGGGCUAACAAAUGCAAAACAGGAAGCAUUUGACCCACUAUUAACAAGCAAGCCAUUACCCAGAAGGCCCUGGAAAUAGGUGAAUGACCAGGUGCUAUUGUCCCUUGUCACACUGAAAGUGUUGCCUGCAUCAUCAUGACUCAGUCACUCUGACCCACUUCCGUGCAGAUAAGCCUUGUGAAGAGGCAGAGGUGUCUAAGGGACCCACAUACACAUACAGUGUGGAACACUCACUCUCCCCUUCCCAGACUCCCCUGUUCAAAGAGAUCCCGCCAAAGGGGUGGGAAGGCUAUUCUAUUCUCCUUCCCCAUGUCCUGUACAGAGGUUUGCCUCCUCCGGAUGCCAUGUUAGUGUGCGUCUAUGUGGAUGGAUACAUUUAUGUGUGAGUAAAUUAUUUUAAGAGCUUCAAAAGGCAUAAAGGCAAUUCAUUUAGACAAAGAGAUAAACCAGCUUUAAGAGACCAUAUAGUUGGGUAUGGCCUGUGUUUGAUAGGCCAGUCAGGCGGGCAGCUCUAAAUACCAAGCAAAUGAUGUUCUUUUUCAGAUUUCUGGUUCUCCAGAGCACUAAUGGUCGGGGGAUGGGGGAGAAGAGGUGUGGACCCAGAAUGGCAAUUAAUUGUAUGGCCAACAACAGAGUGGGAACAAUAUGUUUUAAUUUUUUUAAAUUGCUUUUUAUGUUUAAAGAGGCUUUCCCUGCAUGUAUGACUGUGCACCAUAUGUGCGCUAGUGCUCAUGGAAGCCAGAAAGCAUUGGAGCCCUGGGGACUGGAGUUACAGACGGUCGUGUGGGUGCUGGGAAUUGAGUCCUAGACCUCUGGAAGAGCAGCCAGUGCUCUGAACCUUGGAGUCAUCGCUCCAGCCCCAGUACAGAUUAUUUUAAGGUUCGUCUUGAAAAUGCUACACUUAAAAUGAUUGGGGCAAAAAUAGACCACAAAACAAACCUUGGGGUUAAUAGCCAGUGCUUUCAAAUAGUUCCUAAGUGCACGUCCUUCUUGAGAGGAGCGUGCGAGCUGACCAAAAUGGUCAGGGCUCUGGCCAAACCUGGCUGUGCCCACUGUUGUCUCAUCAAUGUUUCUUCAAACCUCCAGUGACAAGCUGUUUUGCUUUGAGUAAAGCACAAAGCAGAGAGCUGGAUGCUGGUGUUUAAAGCAUCACAGGUGAGGGCGUGCUCAGGAACUCAUUUGGUAAGAGUCGGGUCUAACGUGCAAAAGACACACUUAAAAUGUCUGUCCUUCUCUCCUUUGCAAAGCUCCCUUCCCCAGCCAAAGGUUUUCUCUUGAAAAUGAGUGGCAGUCCCAUGUAGCAUGUGUGUCAAUUUGUAACGAUAGCCUCCCCCCAGCUGCCUUGCACUCCAGUGUUUCUAAAAUGUUGCCAUCUUCGGCUUGAGGUAACCCACAAUAACAAGAGUAUCUAGAAGCGCCCUGGCUGAGCUGCUUUCGGGAGAGAAGAGCAACCUGUCUUUUAUCCUUCCUUUCCUGCUUUAAAAUCCAGACUGCAACAGGAUUGUUUUCUAAAGGAAUCUGUACGUCCGUGCUUUAAAACUUGUGCAGACUGGGUGUUGCGUGAGGAGGAACGAUCAGGUUUAGGUUUCCCUACAAAGUUCUGCAUGCCGUCAACAAGCUCUUUUGAUAUUUUAAACCCAUAUUUAGAGUAAUUUCAAGAUAUUUGGAGUACGUGUGGUUAAAUGUAAAAAACUUCGUCAUUAUGAUCUGUUAGCUGCUUAUACUUUAAAUAUUUAUAAGCCAUUUUUAAGUACUUGAUCCAAAAGCCAUCUCCCAUAGAAUACUGUAAUUGCAUGCUAUCCAAGCACUAUUAUGGAAGAUUUGGGGAAAGUCAUAGCACGCAGGCACAUUUUUCCUGCUUUUCUGGUUUUAAUUCAAAUGCCAUUUUUAGUGGAUUCGGCUUUUUUUUUUUAAUGUGUCAAAAUUCCUAAACAUGAUUGGUUGUCUGCUAUUUAAUCUCCCAGUCCUCAAAAGGUAAAAUGUUCUCGCUUGAACCAGGUUGAGGUCGCUUCUUCUCCUGAAAGUGGUUGUGAGGUUCCCAUUAUAAGGUCAGAUCUCAAUCUGUGUGCGUCUGAGCCGGAAGCAUCAGAAUCUUUCUCCAAAAUGUCUCAGGGGCAACUCGUUGGUGGAUAGAAUGGAUUUGUUACUUUGCCUCCAGUCACAGUCAAGUUGGAAGGUGAAACUUAGUGGUCUCUGUCAGCAGGAGCCUGUUUGGGCACUUUCGAAAAAGACAAGGGGAGAGUACCUUCCAAACUCACAAUCCACUUAAGCUUCAGAGGUCAUAAAUCAUAGACUGCUCACAUGCCUCUGGGGCUUACACUCUUUUAUGGCCAGCAAAAUACAACCUUCUGGUAAGGAUGGAGGGAAAAGAAGGCUUAAGAAGGCUCAUAAACCUGCCCGGACAUCUAUUAGCGCGUACCAAAUAGGGUUUUCAUGAGCUAAGUGUAAAUGAGUCAGAAACAUAUAGAUAGAAUUUCUUUUAAAGUACACAUGGGUUUAAAAAUUAAAGCCAAAGUGCUUGGCAAAAUAAGGUUUGGUUUUAGCCAAACCCCAAAUGUUCGAGAGAGAAAAAAUUGUUCUAGAGAUUGCCAAACCAAAAAUAUACCCAGGUCCCUCCAUUUCUCCCAUUUGAUAUGAUGACAUCAUAAACGUGGGACUUAAUGGCUAUUUUCACAUCCUCCAAGGUUCGAGCAAUGUGGUUGUCAGAAGAUGAUUGAAAAACUAUGAAAAUUUUGAGUAGAAAAACCGUAUGGCCCUGUACAUGAAGACCAGGGCUACCGGUUCAUGGUCUUGUCCUGGUUUUGAGUGUUCCUUCCCCGUGAGCACACACACUGCUGUUGGUCUCGGCUGGGUACAUUUGUGUACAUGUGUGUGUUCUCUUCUGUACAGAAAUAACUUUUUUCCGAGACAGAAUCUUAUGGAUUCCAGGAUGGCCUCAAACUUUCUUUGUAGCUGAGGGUGACUUUAAACUUGUCAUCCUCCUGCUUACCUGCCCUCAAGUUCUGGGAUUAGGUAACUGUAACAUCAUGUCUAGAUUAUAUGGUGUUAAGGAUCAAACUUAGGCCUUCUCGCAUGCUAGGCAAGCAUUUACCAGUGGAACAACAUCUCCAGCCCCCAGGAGUUAAGACAUUUUAAAAUCCUUUAUUUGGUACUUAUAAAUCCUUAAUUUGUACUUAACUUAUAUUCUACAAUCCAUAAAGCCUAAUAAACCCUUAGUUAUGUCCAAAAACAGAGGGAUGGAGACAGUUCUUUUUGUUAAUUGAUUGUUCAUAGAUAAUCUUCAUUUCUCCACAGAAUAAAACAACCAUUUGCCACUGGUAA